UGAAAAUAAAAUACUUAAAAUAUAUGGAAUAUCUCAAAAUCCAGAUACAAAGGAAUACAUUAUAGUUCUUGAUUAUGCGGAAGGUGGAAAUUUUAAUUAUUGGAUGAACAAAAAUUAUAACAAUUUUAAAUGGUCAGAAAAAUUGGUUAUACUUUAUAAUAUUAGUCUGGGUCUUAAAGAAAUUCAUCAAAAGAAGAUGGUCCACCGUGAUUUUCAUGCAGGAAAUAUCUUAUUAAACACAAUCGAUUCAAAUACGGAUGAUAACAGUAUAUAUAUUUCAGAUAUGGGAUUAUGUGGAGAUGUUAGUAAUAUCGAUCAAAAUAAUAUUUAUGGAGUUAUACCUUAUGUAGCUCCUGAAGUGUUAAAAGGGCAACUUUUUACUCAAGCAGCGGAUGUAUAUAGUCUUGGUAUGAUCAUGUAUUUUGUAGCAACUGGAAAGCAACCUUUUGCUGAUUGUGCACAUGAUGAGUUUUUAGUAUUAAAUAUUUGUAAUGGAAAUAGACCUGAAGUUAAUAUGCCAGAAGCGCCAAAAUGUUAUAUUGACUUGAUGAAGCAGUGUUGGAAUUCUAAUCCAGAUAAUAGACCAAAAGCAACUGAAAUUUUUGAAUCAAUUAAAUUAUUU